AUUAAGCUAUUUCAUUAUAAAUUGUCAAUGAAUGCAUUUAAAUAUAUCUCUCAUAAUUUCUCACCUAUUGAGUAGUAACCAUGGCUCCUCUACUCUUCUUCACUCUCUUGCUCUCCUCUAUACUAUGCUAUUUAUUUUUUUCCUCUAAAAAGAGAAGUCGCGGGCUUCGUCUUCCGCCGGGCCCAAAGGGCUGGCCGAUUUUGGGCAACUUGCCGCAGCUCGGCCCAAAACCCCACCACACUCUCCAUGCCCUCUCGAAGGCCCACGGCCCGCUCUUUCACCUCCGAUUCGGCUUUGUCGAUGUCGUCGUUGCAUCCUCCGCCGCCGUCGCCGCCCAGUUCCUCAAAGUCCAUGAUGCCAACUUCUCCAACCGGCCCCCCAACUCCAGCGCCGAGCAUACCACCUACAACUAUCAGGACCUUGUCUUUGGCCCCUACGGCCCGCGGUGGCGUGCGCUCCGCAAGCUCUGCGCCCUCCAUCUCUUCUCUACAAAGGCCCUCGAGGACCUCCGGCCGAUCAGGGCCCACGAGGUAAACCUCAUGGUCCGGUUCCUCGCCAAAGGCGGCGGCGGCGGCCCGACGCCGAUCAAUCUUGGCGAGACGGUGAACAUGUGCGUGACGAACGCGUUGGCGCGGGCGCUGGUGGGGCGGCCGGUGUUCGAGGAGCGGGCGGAGGCGAGGGAGUUCAAAGAGAUGGUGGCGGAGCUGCUGCGGCUCGGGGGUGUGUUCAACAUCGCCGACUUCGUGCCGGGGAUCCGGUGGAUGGACCCGCAGGGGGUGGAGAGGAAGAUAAAGCGGGUGCACAGAAGGUACGACGAGUUUCUCAACCGGCUCAUCACGGAGCGGCGGCGCGAGGAGGAGGCUACAAGGGGCAGGGAUUUUCUCGGCGUGCUGCUGAGCUUGACAGAUCAGGAGCCGGCAGAAGGACAGGAGGAGGGGAGGAUUACAGAAACGAAUGUCAAAGCGUUGCUUCUCAACUUGUUCACAGCGGGAACCGACACCUCAUCGACCACAAUUGAAUGGGCCGUGGCGGAGCUAAUCCGCCACCCGGAAAUCCUCAAACAGGCCCAGCUCGAGCUGGACUCAGUCGUCGGCCCGGCCCGGCUCGUGUCGGAGUCCGACCUCCCGAACCUCCCCACACUGCAGGCCAUCGUCAAAGAGACAUUGCGGCUCCACCCGUCGACGCCGCUUUCCCUUCCCCAGAUGGCCGCCGAGGGGUGCGAGAUCAACGGCUACUACAUUCCUAAGAAGGCCACACUCCUCGUGAACAUCUGGGCCAUCGGUCGGGACCCAUCUGUAUGGCCCGAUCCACUCAAAUUCAGCCCGGCCCGAUUUCUCCCGGGCGGUUCGAACGAAAAUGUGGACCUCAAGGGGAGUGACUUUGAGCUCAUUCCGUUCGGGGCCGGACGAAGGAUAUGUGUGGGUUUAAGUUUGGGCCUGCGUAUGGUCCAGUUCGUGACGGCCACGCUCGUACAUGCCUUUGAUUGGACUCUACCGGAUGGGCAACCGCCGGAGAAGUUGGAUAUGGAAGAAGCCUACAGGCUUGCACUGCACCGCACCGUGCCCUUAUCGGUGCACCCCGUGCCGCGACUCCUGCCAGAAGCAUAUGAAUCUAUUGAGAAAUAAUCAGGGAUUUAGAAAUCAUUCCGUGGCUCCUACAUGUUCAAGUGUCAAAGAGUUUUAUAUUUAGUGUCAAAGAGAUUAUGUAUAACUAGAUUACUGUACUAUCAAUAGUACUAAGUUAUUGAUGCUAUUAUAUUUGUAACUCUUGAAUGAAGGGCUGUGCGGUUAGAAUGAUAGUGAUUCCUUAGGGUUGAAUAGGUGGUUGCUUGAAUUGUAUGAUCUAACAUGUGGAAAUGGUUAAAGGAGUAGAUUCAGCAAAGAAAACUCGAUAA